UCAAGUCCGAAACAUACAAGAAGAGAACCCUAUCAAAAUUUCUUCACCCUUUGAAACAUACGAUGCGAUUGAUUCGCUCAGAGCUCCGGAACUGAAUGUUUUGUGUGUUAAAGCAACUCAACUUUCUUGCUCGGGCCACUUCUGUAGUUUUCUUUUGUUUUUGUUUUUAACGUAUAAAGAGUGGAGGAUGGUGGAUGUUCCCUCUUUGGUGUCUCUGAGCAUUGACGCUGUUAAAAGAGAUUUUCUUCGUGGGGAUGAUCUUUUGCCGCAUGUCUAUGAACUUCCUCCUGAAUUGUUCAAUUCUUUAGUAGAAUGUCUACCUCCUUUGGCCUUGCAGAAGUUGCAAAGUGAAAUGCCAUUUAAGAACUAUGAUGACUAUGAUCUUUCUAGUGGUGACUUAAAAAUAGGGAAAAAACGUGGAAGAAAUGGGAAUUUCGAUACAGCAUGGAAGGCAUUGUUUAAGUCCCGUUGGCCUGAUCACGUGGAGCGUGUCCAACCACUUGAUUGGCAGCAAAUUUACUGGGAAUAUCAUGUGCAGGAUUGCCUAGAUGAAGCAGCAGAGGUAGCUUUGCUCCCAUCAUUUAGUGGAUGCCUUGGCGAGAUACAAAUAUUAGAGAGUAUACUGCAACAUAUUGGUUAUGCGGACGAUAUGAGUAACUUAACUUCAGAUUACUUGAAAUUGUCUUACCAUUGCCAGCAAUUUGGGUGUUAUGUUAGACGUUUGAGACUUCAAAAUGUGCACUGUGUUCUAGAAUCUUGUCGACUUUUGAGGAACUCCAACUUGCAAAGUGUGGUAGUACGGUGCAUCAGAUCCAUGGAACAUGUUGAUGGAUUAUGCAAACUUCUCAAUCAGAAUUCUAGAACAUUGACAUCACUUGAAUUUGUACACUGCAAGAUCACUUCCAGCUUUAUGGAUGCAAUUUGUGGUUCCUUGUACAUGAGUGGUGCAGAAACUCACCAAAUACAGCACUUCUCCAUUAGCUCUUCAAGCUUUCAUGAAAUGGAUCCAGUUUCUCUAGCUCAUAGCCUUGCAUCGUUUCUAUUAUCGGGAAGGUCCUUGCGGUCAUUGAAGCUACGUGACAACCACCUGGAUUGUAUUUUUGCCAGAAGAAUUUUCAGUACUAUACUGGAUGCUUCAUCCAGUCUAACAAGCCUUGACCUUUCAGGAAACAAUCAUUUAUCCUUUAUCCCACAGAUAGCUGGAUGGCUUUCUAAUUUCAACUGGAGAUCAGGAGUGACCAAAUCUUUGCAGUCAUUACGCAUCCUCAAUCUUGGGGGUAGUAAUCUACAGAAAGAUGAUGCUGGUAAUCUAAGAUAUGCCCUGGUUCAAAUGCCGAGCUUGGAGAUUUUGGAUCUUAGUGACAACCCAAUGGAGGAUGAUGGCGUCAGAAGUUUAAUCCCUUAUUUUGCCGAAGCAUCUAAAAGCUGCUCUCCCUUGACUGAUUUGAAUCUGGAGAAUUGUGAGCUUUCCUGUGAUGGACUGGCUCAACUUCUGGAUGCCUUAUCGACCUUAGCAAAACCAUUGAAUUAUCUCUCUCUUGCUCAUAAUGUGCUUGGCAGCCAAGUAGCAGAAGCUUUGGGGAAGUUUUGGGGUACAUCUAUCCAAAUACUGAAUCUCGAAGGUAUAGGACUUGGUCCAUCAGGAUUUCAGAAACUAGAAGAUAUAAUAACGGAGAACGUGAAGCUUGUUGAAAUUAACAUAAGCAAAAAUCGCGGUGGGAUUGAAACUGCAAAGUUUUUGUCAAAGCUUAUUGUUCAUGCUCCUAAACUGGUUGCAGUCAAUGCGGCAUAUAAUCUUAUGCCUGAAGAAUCCUUGCCGUUAAUAUGCUCUGCACUGAAAAUCUCCAAAGGUCAUCUAGAGAAAGUGGACUUGACUGGUAAUCUUUGGGACUAUAGGCCCUCUCAUGAUGCCAUGCUUGCUGAAUUUCAACAUAACGGAAGGCCGAUAUUGAUUCUUCCAUCAUCGGUAGCCUUGAACGUACCUUACGACGAUGAUCCGUAGCUGCUUCCUUAUAGUGUUUUCUCUGCUGGAACCACCAAUUCAAUGACACUUUGAGGAUGUUCAUAGAGUAU